GUUACUGUGCACCUGUUGGUAUGGAGACAGUGCAGCGUCAAAAUGGCGGCAAACGGCCCUUCGUUAGUCGAAUCAAACAAAAACAAAAAGAACAUGAUGAUUAAGGGCCAGGGCAAGGGAGGGGGAGGACCCAAGCUCUUGCGUAGACCGAGGGCACCCAAGUUACCUCCCCUUGAACCCGAGCUGCCACCUUCUCCAGACAAACCAUUCUAUGAAAUAUAUGACUUUGAACAGGAGAUGGACAUCAGUCAAAGACAUCUUCAGUCCCCCACACCCAGUGUUGUGCCUAGUCUAGUGUCUCCCCCACCAUCAGAAUCACAUCCCACUAGGGGGACAUACUACAGAAAUUAUGGAAUAUCACCACACAGUAAUGGUUCUUACCUGCGUAAAAAUGACAAGAAGUUUGUGCUUGAUCCAAUAUAUCGUGAGAAAACUAGUUUAGGUACAUAUGUUGAUGGUAAAUCAUUAGUAAAACCUUUUAAACCACGAGGACCAGACAAUUUCCCUACCAGACUCCCCAAAAAGCCAGGGGAGAUUUUACAGAUGGAUAAUUUUGACGAGAUUCGCUAUCAUCAGCCUCCAGCUUUUACUUUGGACAAUUUUGUGUAUCAUCUCUCAGAACUUCGGAACAUACCAGUUCGUAAAGUCAAGGAAAUAUUUUACUCAAAACACAACUAUAAGAAGUUAACAAAUCUUUUGGCUGAGAAAUAUAUCAAUCCUGCUAUUCAAGAGGAGGUUAAAGUGAUGGAAAUGACUCCAGAAGGGCAAAACAUUCCCCCAUCUGAGCCAAGGAUCCCUCAGAAACAGUUACUCAUUGAGAUGGCAGCUAUGAUAAAACAGCAUGUCCGAGAUCUGAUGAACACUGAAGUCAAGUCAGUGAUCAGACCUCUGAGGAAGUACAGCCCAUCAUACGCUGAUGACAAUGUCCCUCACACGGAGAUCAUACUCUACGAGGAUGACACUUUUGAUGUUGCCAGUCGCUCAGCUCAAGAACGACAGGAUACCGAAAUUCCAACAAUGGAUUCAAUGUUUCACUCUGCUCCAUCUAGAUACUUCCAGGGGGCGGAACGUAGUCAUUCACCUUUCACUGCACCCUCGGAGAAUGCCAUAUCUCCUUCAGAACUUGCCAUCUUAGAUGCUCUGAUAAACGGUGGUAAAGCUCUCAGUCUGAAGGCACAUUUUAUAUCAGAAAUGCCAGAUAUUUCACCCCUAGUAAGAACUGUCACCUAUCUGAAUCUGUCCUUCAAUGAUUUCUCGAUAUUUCCUCGAGAAAUCUUGGAGAUUCGACAGCUUGAGAUCCUGAAACUGAGAAACAAUCCCCUCCGGGAACUUCCUUCUGACAUCCAUCGUAUGCGGAGCCUGAGGAUUCUGGUGGUCUCCUUCUGUCUCCUCACCAACAUUCCUAUGGGGUUGUUCGCUUUGCCCAAACUGAUUCAUUUAGAUAUUUCCUACAACAAGCUGACCUUCAUUCAGAAUGAGAUAGCCAACAUGAGAAAUUUGCGGGAGCUGAAUAUGGAAGGAAAUCAGCUUCCAGCCAUGCCAUGUGGAGCACUGCUCCUAGACUUGUUCUAUCUUAAUGUCAAGAAUAAUUUCAUGCACCCACUCUUCUGGAAAGAAAACACCCAGAAUCAACCACAGAGGCUGAUUGACAUGUGUGCUCUAACUCUAGUAGAAGGGGAGGUAAUCAGUGACAUGGAUUCUCUACCAGAGUCUGUCAAAAAGGUCCUGGCCAACCGCUCAGUUUGUGACUGUUGUCAUGGUGCCCUUUAUGGUCCCGGUUUGCGAAUUAUUCGCCCAGUUAGUAAACUUCAUGGGAUUAAAAACCUGCCAUUCCUUUUCCGAGCAUGCUCACCAAGCUGUUUACAAGUCUUCAAACACAGUAAAGAUACACUGUCAGAAAUCUUGUAUGGGGUGCAGUCCACUCCGAGAGGCGAGGAGGAGGAAGAGGAGUGAAGGGGGGAUAACUCUGAAGAUGAAAUUCAGAGAAAGCCUUGUGAUAUUUUUGCUAUAGACAGCCAUGGAGUGAUCUUGAUGAUCUUUGGAAAGAAUUUUGCUCAGAAGAAAAUAAGAUCAGUAAAAAUUCCUGUGGGGAAAAAAAGCUGUAUGUAAAGUGCUGCUGUUAAAUUGAAAAAUUUGUCACCAAAAAGUGCCUUGAAAAAAUCACAUUAGUGCAUGCAUAACAUUUAAUACACUGUGGUAUUUAUGAUUAAUUGCAAUGAUGUGCAGUAUGCUUUGAAUGCUGGUCAAUAUUUACAGUCACUGUGUAUUAUGUGUAUUAUGCAUGUGUGUAAAAGCAUUUGAUGUCAGAGACAUUGAGAGUGCAUAUUAACUUAUACAAUAUCAGAUUGUAUGCUGAUUAAUGAUACUGUGAAAAUUAUACAUUAAUUAUUCAUUAAAAUUAGUUUUUACAAAAAUUG